AUGAGUGAUACCUCCGACCUCCACACCUUCAAAUCUCACGCCACCACAGCCGUUGCUGCUGGCGGGACCGUUUACGCAGCAGACCAGCUAGUCAAGUCGUUCGACAAGGAUGAUGAAGAUACCACGUCCCAUCUGCUGAAGGCUGCAGUAGGGGCCGCCGUUGCGGUCGGCGCUCUGGAGAUGCUCAAUAAAGACGGAACAGGCCUCCCAUCGUACCGCGAACUUUUCAAAGAGAAAUAUGUCGGCCACUCAUCAAAGCAUGAGCAUAGGAGUUCUCACAAGGAGGAUGUCGAUACCUCUACCGAGGUAGCCGACAGGCGUCUGGUGAGACAUAAGGGUUCCUCAUCCUCUUCUCGAUCAUCGAGCGUGUCGUCUCACGAGUCGGGCCACAAGCGUCGCUUGGCCGAGGAGUUGAUCGGUGCAUAUAGUUUGGGAAAGCAGCUUCUCGGGGAUAAAAAGCACCAAGUUGCGCACCUUGUUGCCGAUGCGAUUGGCGCGGCUGCAUUGGUGAAGGAAGUGAGAAACCAUGACAUGAGAAAUCGAUAG